AUGGAAGUGCAGCUGGUCCUCAUUGGUGAGGCACAUGAUGAAUGCUCACACCGGUGUUGGCCCUUCCUUGCUCAGCGUCGGCAGACACCCACGGGGUCAACCCCCCAAACCCCACAGCCAGCCCACUCGCCUCCCGCAGGACGUCAGAGGCGGUGA